AUGUUCUGGUGUAUUCAGGCUGCAAAUUACAUGGACAUUAAGGAGUUGCUGAAUUUGUCAUGUCAAAGUGUAGCUGAUAUGAUUAUUGAAAAGACUCCUGGAGAGAUUCGUAAGAUGUUCAACAUCAAGAAUGACUUCACCCCUGAAGAAGAGGAAAAGGUUGCAAAUUACAUUAAUAUUAAAGGACUGCUGGAUUUGUUAUGCCAAAGUGUAGCUGAUAUGAUUACGGGAAAUACUCCUGAAGAGAUUCGUAAGACAUUCAACAUCAAGAAUGACUUCACCUUUAAAGAAAAGGAAAAGGUUCGCAGGGAGAAUCAAUGGGCCUUCCAAUAA